CAUUAACAAUUACAAUUAUAUUUUGACUUUCGUGACAGCCUUCUCUUGACUUUCAUUCAUGCAAUAUCAUGCUUUCUUUUAAUCUUCAAAUUGCGUUAUAAAUGACGUUGACGCGCAUACUUAGCGUAAUCCACGACCAUGUAUGUUUUUUCGCUGUAAAUGCGAAUACUUAACUUUUAGAUCUGUAAGUAGUAUGCUUAUUCAAGAAACCAAAGAGUAAGAAUUUAAUAUAAAAGUAUAGAUUCCCAAGUAAACAUCAAUUUGCAUUAAAAAAUGUUAUUGAUUUGGAAUCAGAAAAAUUACGAAGGGAGAAACAAGUGUUGAAGAGUAAAUAUAUUUUUAUGUGGUGUCUUUUGAUAUGUUGACUACGGAGAAUGUGAAGUACGAAAAAUAUGUGCAGUCCUUCGAGGAAGACGACAUUUUUGACAAACAGUUUCAUCUGAUACGGAAACAUCCAAGCCUCGUUCGCCGGUAUAACUCGAUGGAGUUAGCCGCAUGCUGCACACACUCUCUCACUCUCAUUAUGAACCGAUUCGACGAAGAAAAAACGAGAUAAUUGAACUUAAUACGGCAACAUAAUACGGGUACAUAAUCUCAGCAACAAAUUCGUAUCGUUCACGUCAACAAAAGAGAUGGAAGAAACUGGAGAAAAAAAUAUCGAAAACUCUAUCGGCCCUAUUGAUACGUACGAGUGCGACUUCCUUGUUCUUAACUCGGCUAAAGUUUAAACCCUCAAAGCAAGAUGACAAUGAGCUUGAGAGUGAUCGAGUUCAAUACGAAUCGUCGCCACCACCAAAUAAUUCAUGAAGUCCUAUGUCUUCCAUAGAAGAUUACUCCAUCAUCAGCGAACAUGCCAGUUCUGAAGAAAUUGACCGCAUUGCUCUGCGUAUUAACGAAGAUUUUAUCAAAAACAUUCUCACGGAACACAGAAGACGUAUGGGCUGCAAAUCACAAGUCUGAGAAAAUCUCGAGUCGGACAAAACGAGUGAGAUAAAUACGGAAAUGGUUCCCGCUAUCAAGUCAACUCUAUCUGUCGUUCUGCAUAAGACUCUGACGUCUCUGGAUGUAUUUGAGCGUAGGCUGGACACGUCUCUUACUCUGAGGAAACAGGGAUUCGUCGCGAGUGAACUCGAGCUACAAUUGGAUUUUUGUCCGUUGCUGCAGCACCAGUUGAUCCGGUACUCACCCGAGAAGUUUCUGAAUACCUUUGUGAAGGAUGAUUAUAAAGAAAUUCUGGAGCAUCCUCAAUCUUUCUUACAUCUCAAGUGGCGUAAAAUCCGAAAAUAUUACACAAGAUUAUUUUUCUAUUUGUUUUAUGUGUUGAUCCUUACGAGCUGGGUGAUAAUCGUCCUCGCAUAUAAUUGUUACAACGAGAUUGUUACAACAAAAAUACAUGCACACCCGCCAUUGUGCAAGAAUGCGACCGGGAUGUAUGGCUUUUUUUAUGAACACCGUGUGGCGCUUGAGAUCCAGUGGUAUGCGCUAUUGGUGCUCCAUACUCGAGGUUUGUCGUUCAAAUUUAUUGUCAUUCCCAGUUAUGAAACGGUCAGACAAUUCGUUACACAAAUGGAGAAUCUGUUUGAAUGGUACGUAAUCCUAGAUAUGUUUGCCACUUCCUUCUAUAUAUAUAUGGGAAGAACGUAUACUUGGCAAAGUUAUGUAGGCGCCUGCCUCUCUGGUUGGAGCAAUCUGAUGUUGAUGACCGGGCAAUUACCGGCGUUCGGUGCUUACGUUGCCAUGUUCACCAGCGUGCAGGCACAAGUAUUCAAACUGCUUUUGGCCUAUUUCUGUUUACUAUUAGGCUUCACUGCAAGCUUCUGUGUGAUUUUUCCGCAUUUCAACUUGUUCAGCAGUCCGCAUACGGGUCUCAUUAAGAUUCUCGCAAUGAUGACUGGUAAAGUAGGCUCCGAGGACUUUUCUUUCAAACGACAAAGGCGGCUUUACAAGAACAUCGGAGGAACUUCAUGGAUUCUGCUGCAGAUCUCGGCCCAAAUCCCUUUCGUAUUGUUCCUCCUGUUUGUGACGAUCGUGUUGAUGAAUUUGUUGAUCGGUAUACCGGUGCAUGAUAUUAAGAGUCUGCAAAAAACCGCGGGCCUCGCAAAGCUUGUUCGCCAGACAAAAUUUAUUUACGAUGUAGAAAUUGCGAUUUUCCUGGGAUUUACGCCGUAAACGUUUCGUCAAGUCAAGUGCAUGCGAUGGAUCGCAUUAUUCCUCCCGUCACCUUACGAGCCGUUCCUAACUGUUCGUCCAUUAAACCCCAGAGAGAAGAGAUUACCACGCGAUAUUCUCUCAGCCUGUAAUAAAAUAGCGAAGGAAGGAGAUAGACAGAACAGUUUUCUAGCACGCAAGAAAAGUUAUGGACAGACCUGUUUCACGAAAGCCUAUCUGAAAGCCGACGCGCAUCGUCAAUGUUGCAUGUUUAACAACGACACGUUGCAACGCGAUUGCAACAAAUUCAAAGAUGACAUCGCGGAACUUAAGGGAAUUUGCGAAAAAAGUCAAAUUUUUCUUCAAGAACUUAUAAAAAGCGCAAAGUAAUAAAAUAAAUAAAUAAAAUUGCCAAUCAUAAGACGUUGGAAAUAUUUGGAAUUCACAACCAUUCGAAAUUUAAAAUUCGAUUACGAGGCAACGAUAAGAGAUUUUAAAACUUGGGACUUAUAGAACAUGGCAUCGAUGCAUCAUGAAUAAUUAAAAUGUCACGAAUUAAUUAUCGUGUUUAUCUUUUAUCUCUUCCAGCAAGCAUUUUGCUAUAUAAAUUUGCUUUGCUUACGAGUUAUUGCUUGAGUUCUGUGAUACAAAUGGUUGUGUGCAAUAUCAGUUGAAUUUAAUUCCAUCCAUUUUCAUAUAUAUGAAUUUUUUUGAUAAGCAUUAGAGACUUGCAUAAUUUUAUGCAUAAUAGAUUCUGUGUUUAAAUAAUUAAAGUGUUUUGCUUUGCCGCAGUAGUUGUAUGAAAUCCGAAGAAAAAA